AUGAGUUUCGCAGCGCCUCCAGUCGUCCCUAUCGACUCUCGUAGGAUCUUGAUCGAAGGCCUGCAGAAGAUCCAGGAUGCCAAGCAGAUCAACUCAAAAGGAACUUCAGAUGGACAGAACAACUCAUCGAAGUUCUCCACGGUCAUGCAUGAAGACGAGCCGUUGUCUGAGCUGUGGACUCGGAUCGCAGACUGUGGCUUCCACAAACCCGUCGUGAUGACGAUUGGCGAAGCAUGCUACCGCGAAGACGAAGAUAUGCGAGUCGUGAGCGACCACGAAGAGGUGGCGGUAGUCGCAGACGACCAGAUCUCCAGCAAAAAUACAAUCAGAAUCACCGAGUCACUCAUCUCACACGCGAACGCGCACUAUGGCGAACGGAUUGACUUCAAUAUCACCCCGCUACAUUCCUCAAAGCGCGCAAUUGAAGCCAAUUGCGGUUUUCACAUGUCCCUCGAACGUACCCCUAGGAUGCCAGACGAUAACAAGCUCCACCAGCUGCCGAGUUCACUGGGAAGUUACGACCUGUUUAGCGUAGAGUCAUAUGCAGACCGUCUACCAGCCAACAUCGGAGACAGUGGCGGCGUCUUCUUUCCUAUGUGGCAGAGAGAGGCUAUGUGGCUCAACUUUGAGCCAACGAUACGCAAGUGUGCUGUUCGUAUCUUUAUGGGUCAUGUCAACGUGAUUUCCGGUCUCACAAUGGAAGAAACCGCAAACUAUGAAAACGACGAGCUCGAGCAGGACUACAUCGUCAUACCAGGUCAAAGAUGGUUAGACGGUAUUUGUGUAGCGCCUGGUGUAGUACGCCAGUUCGUUCCUAUGCCCCACCAAGGAAGCGGUAACCCACUCAUGGGCGUGGAUAAUGACGAUGAUGCGUUCGGGGGUGGGGAUCGUGUCUCCGGUGGGAAUGGUGUAGACGCUCCAGAUCCCCAAGUCAUCGAAACGAAAAAUAUCAAAGCCAUGGGUCUAGCCGCGGGCGGCAAGCUGAUUCAAGACAUAUACAAAGACCCCUACCCACCCACAACAUGGAACCAUGCCGCAGCACGCAUCCUCCACAUACACAUCCUCGACCCGGUAAGCUGCGAAAAGGUUACGCAUAUCGUCCCCGCUCCGCCAUCCACCGACGUCAAGUCUUACACAGAGGCCGGUGGCCAAUACUUCGUCGUCGAGGAGAAAGUGGAUGAGCGGCUCGACGGAGGUGACUUCGACAACGUGAAGAGUGUUAGUCAGAUGGACCAACACAUCGGCAUCAGCACCGAACCUGAGUUCGAUCCGACGAAACCAAAGAUGUGCACAACGUGCGAACUACGACUUUGCGACUGCAUCAUCCGUCCCUGCGACCACCAAUUCUGCAACAUCUGCAUUAAGCGCAUCGAGCAGAAUAGCGACGAGACUAGCGACGCAGCGCACAGGAACUGGAAGUGCCCGACUUGCGAUAGUGCUGUUUCGCACGUUGCAGGUUUCUCCGCACCGAUGAAUCUACCAGGCGAAGAACCGUUGCGCGUCAAAGUCCCAGUCAAUGUACUCAAGAUCGAAGAUGGGAGGAGGAGUAGGGUUUAG